GAGGAGCAAAGCGACUUCCAGGCGGUCAGCAGGAGAGGGCAGGGCGAUGUGCGGGGCAUGCAAAUAUCACAUGGUACUGUGCUAAUCAGGGGGCCGCUGGGAGACCCAACCGGUGCGUUCCCGCGGCUCGGCAGUGAGUGGCAAAGGGAAAAGAGUGACGGAUAGGUGGGAGAGGAGCAGCGAGAGCUGAAGGGCGGGAGGUGAGGCCCCGUCUGUUUUGUUUCCCUGCCGCCGCUAGGCGGGAACGGGCACAGGGCGCAGCCAUAUUGCUCUGAGAAAUAAGCACUGCGCAUGCCCGCUCAGGAGGCGCUGACACGCAUGCGCAGAGCUGUGCCUGCAGUAUCGCCUUUUACUCAGGGGGCGGCAGCAGAGAGCUGCAGUGGUGUUAUGUCUCCGUGCGUGGUCUGGAGCUCUCCUCUCUGCUUCAGCGUGCCUUGGAGGCCUCCCAGUGCACUCUCAGGCUCCCCAGAGUGCUCCCAGAGCUCCUCAGCGUGCACCAGGGCAGCUUCCUGUGGAGAAUCAACCUUAACAUCCUUUGUGCUUGCACUGCUGCGGGCUGUCCUACAGCAGUUGGGAGAAGGGUGUUCCCAGUGUCGGGGCCUGUGAGGAACACAGCACAGAGGCCAAUCAAUUUGUCAGAGCCUGACCCCCCUAUUGCUGCAACAUCCUCAUGUUUUCCCUCCUGUGAUGACUUCCAAACGUUUUUCUGUCUUGCACACAGUGCUGGAGCUGCCCUGGGCUGUGUAGGAUCAGGAAGAUUGGGCUCCUCUGUCCCCUCAGAGUAAAAUUGAAAUCAUAACCCUACAGGAUUAGGUUAUCCGCAGAAACAUCCACCAGAGUGAAAGAGUCCUUCUAAUCCCUUACUGAUUAAUAUUCCACACUUGUGCCAUCUCCCUGCACUGGAAGUUUCAAAAGUCACCUAAUAAUUAAGAUUAGAAUUUGUCUUAAGUAGCUUCCAUACAGAUUAUUAUUAUCUGGUGAUAAUUCCAUUCCUGAGCUGGUUUUGAGUGCUUUCUGGAUCCAAAUGAGCCAAAGAGAGCUGAUGGCUUUAAGGGUAUGGUUAUUUACAGACCCCCUCCUCAGUGCCAGGGAUGGUGCAUUAAGAGCACUCCCAAUACCUGGGAGCAGACUUUACUCUUCCUGCUCCACAGUUUCAUGUUUGAUCAGCGUAUGGAACUUAGAGCUGGGAACUAUCUACAGGAACAAAACCAAAGGCUGGAUUGCAGAUGCAGAUAAAAGGCGGGUGCUUUGUUAUAAUGAUAAUAGCAAUGAUCCAAAUAAACACAUGCCUAGCAAGGGUUAAAAUGGUCAUUCAGUCAUUCAUCACUACUAACCUGUAGUGGCCUGAGCAAACGUCUCUUUCCACAGUGGAUGAGAGGGCAAGAUGAUUUUGGUCUGUGAAUCCCCUUUUGUCUUUAUGUGCCAGAAGAACAGAUGCUCUCAGUAAGGGGCAUUCUCAACUAUUUACUGUCUACAGUAAUCUAUUUGUUUCUGCUUACAGAAAGAGUGUGUGGCUCUCUAGGUUCCCUGUUUCUUGGAGCUACAGAUGAAUGAGUAAGCUUACACAGUAUGUAAUCCCAAGGAGCAGUAUGAUAGGGAACAAGUAAGAGAAUAUUUGAGAGAUGGAAGAUGUGAUCCAAAGGAAUGCCUGCUUUGUACAAAGGCCUAGAGAAGAGUUGCAUGGGAUGAAAACACACCUGCUUCAUAACAGAGCACUUGCAUUUGCCAGACUACUAUUUCAGGGUCUGCCUUGCCUGUAGCUUUCUGCAGAAAAAUCUGUUUGUGCCAGAAUUCCACUCCUGAGCCAGGAGAUAGUGAUGAAGGAAGUCAGGAAGGGUACAGUGCACAAUUCCAGCAUGUCAUGGGAAUGUUUCCUUCUGCUUGUUUGGUCUGACAGAGAUGAUGGGAACCACAGGAGCAGGAGAAGCACUGUGACACACCAGGAUUAUUUUCCUUUCUAUACCAGUGCUUGUUGUUAUUCUCCAUUUCCAGCCUCACAGAACCUGUUCUAGAGCUGAAAUGGACCCUGUGGUGUAUUUACUGCUUUUUCAUUUUGGCCUUUGGUAUUUUUCCAAAGAAGCAGUAAUGGGGCGAGUUUGGGUUGAAUCAUGGAUGUCCCUUGGAUACUUCUACUGCUUCCAAAUGGAGCACCUCCAGGAAACAUACACCUAUGAACUGUUGUUUUCCAUAGGUUUUUCAAGAGCAGCAUGGAGAUGUGCAUUGAUUUUGAUGGCAGGCAGUGUACAACAGGCUGCUCCUUAACCUGCCCACUGCUUGUUCUCUGCAGGAUACCGGUCUGUGGUGAGAAUUUUACCACCAAAGGAAUUAGGAAGGCUUGUAGUUUGUUCUUGUCCAGGUUUGGGGCACAGAGGUUGCUACACCUGUUGGUUUUUAUUAGUUAAAUGUAUGUUGAAGUCUACAAAUAAAUGCUACGACCCAGGUGGAACAGAUGAGAUGUGACUAAGUUCUUGGAUGAUUGAUAAUGAGCAGAGACUGGAAAAUCAAUUGUGUUAAUUCCUGGCUUGUCACCAGGACGGAGAAUUAAUGAGAAAAUCCAUCUAACGUAAUGGUAUUUACAUAUUAUACAGAAUGUGAUAAAAUUGUCCUCAGGUGCUACUUGGCAUCACAAUUAUAGGAUUACUGUAGACGCAGAGGCAGGAACAGAAAUCUGCAAGCACAAAAACUCCUUCACAAACAACAAACAAGUGACACUGACCAAUGAGGAGGGCUGAAGAAAAAGCCAGGAAAGCAAGGAAGGCUGUCGGACUCCAGCAGAGAUCUCUGAAGCUCUCGGUAAUUCCUCUGCAGCACAGAGACCAUGCAAAUGUGUUUGAAGGAGAGGGGAACGCUGGUCUUGAUCAGGAGUGACAGAAAAGCAAAUCUGUCUCCUCAGCUGCCUCCUGUCCGCCAGGAGUUAAUCCAGCUGAGACAGCGUCAGUAUAAUUGAUGGUAUAUUGCUAUAUAAGUCAUCCAUAAACUCUGUGUGCUCAGAACACCUGCAUCCCUCAUGUUUUUCUUGUCAGCCCGCAUCUCCUUGCUGUUGUGCUUCAUAUACCCUCCUGUCCUCCAGUCUACAGGUAAGUAUGCUGAGUGCUUAAAAUCCCAGCUGCUCCCAGGGCUGCUGAAAGGGGAAUAAAGGGAGAUGCUAGAUAGAAAGCAGCUCUAAAUCUCUUCAGUGUUUUCUCUCUGGAGAUUUUGUUCAGGCUUUUUUCUUCUGUCUUAAUGUGUCAAGGUCUCGGUUGCAGUGGAAAAUUUUGGAAAAGAAUGAUAAGAAGUUCUCACUUCUGACAGGCAGAGAGCUACAGAAACAAGAGUCACAGGAAUGGACCAGACCUCAGCUGCUCCUAGAGCUGAGCUCUGCUGUAUCUUGAGCUGUGUUUUAUAGCCUAGAAGUCCCAGUUUGCAAAUAUGCUUUGUUUUUGUUGGUUUUUUUUUUCUCUGUGCUUGAAAUUUCAGAGAAUUUCUACAAGGCAUUGGUUAUCUCCUUUAUGUUGUGUUAUCCUGAGGCUUUCUGCAAGGGCCCUUCUCAAAGUUUCAUUGCCUUUCUUUGUAUUAGCCAGAUGCUACCGUGAGCAAGAGUUGUAAGGAGCCUCUUUCUACUGCAGUCUGCUUUGCAAAAAAGAGACACAGAUUUUUCAGUUUCCAAGCUGCUUUAGCAUUGUUUCCCAAGUUAUUCUCUCUAUUUGUAGACUUUGAAAGCUGGGCUGGGUGCAGUAGGAGACUGGUCUGGCCGUGAGUGUUUCAGAGCUUGCAUGGUAGGAGUCCUCCACUGUGCUGGCAGGCAAGGAACAGGGACAGGCAUUCCGAAGCUUUACUGUGCAUGAUCUGCUAUAAAAUUAAAAAAAAAAAAACAACAUCCACAAUGGAACAGUGUGGGUUCCAGUGUAGGUCACAGGGUGGUGACGCACUGAACAGGUUGCCCAAGGAGGCUGUGGAUGCCCCAUCCCUGGAGGCAUUCAAGGCCAGGCUGGAUGUGGCUCUGGGCAGCCUGGUCUGCUGGUUGGCGACCCUGCACAUAGCAGGGGGUUGAAACAAGAUGAUCAUUGUGGUCCUUUUCAACCCAGGCCAGUCUAUAAUUCUAUGAUACUUUGUGAGAAUCUCUGUUAAAUACCAGUAUAAAUGCACUUGUAAGACCUGGAUUGUCUUGCUCCAAGAGGGUCAUGGCUUGCCUGCAGCCUAGCAGGUUUCCUGCAAUGCAUCUCUGCUCAGCCAGUGGGGCAUUCAGGAGCAGUGCACUGAAGCAGCCUGCUCAAGGCCAAACAAUGAACUGAUGUUGUAGCAGAUGUAAGACCAGGAGGUAAACCAUUUGCUUGUCCUUCUCCUGUUUUGCUGUUCAUUUCAUGGCAGAGGGAAGAUGUGUUUAGAGAUAGAGGGGGCAAUAAAGGAUCAUUCUUUGCUGAUGUGCAGAGAAAUCUCAGUGCCCGAAGGAGUUGCACUGCAGUGCACAGUCCCUGCACUGUACCUAUUCCUUGGAACUCCUCUCAAAGGAAGCACCUGCUUUGGACACAUGUCCAAGGUGGCUUGUUCUUAAGGACAGCAUAUUGUUUCCCCUUCUGAAUGUAAUUGAAUUCAGCCCUGACAAAGCUAAAUGAAGUGGUUGCUGUUGCUGCCAAAUGUGAUUAAGAACAGAAAGCUCUCUGAGUAAAGCGAAAGUGAAACCCCAGGAGUUCUUAAUUCUCUUGAUUUCUGACAAAUUUGUGGAAAGCUGGCUCUCUAAUCCUCAGGCAGUUCUGCUUGGAUCCCUCUGCACUGUCGAACUCCUGCUAUGCCUGUGUCACAUGUAGAUCAGACAGGAAGGUCAGUGAGCAGAUCAUGCAGUCUCUACAUGCCCUGAGUUAGUGGCCUCAUAGAGAAUAAAUACACGUUUGGCUGGUUCCAAACUGAAUCACUUGGGUCCAAGGGAGGCAGUCCAUAAUGAUGCACUGUUUGCUUGGUUGAUGCUCUGCAUUUGUCUCCAACUUGCAGGGCUCAUGGUAAAUUCUUAGCUCAGUAGUGGGUUUUGUGUCUGUCAGUGGAUGGUUGGACUAGAUGAUCUAAGAGGCCUUUUCCAACCUUACUGAUUCUAUGAUUCUUUGAUUGCAUUUCUAUUUUGUGCUGACAGGGAGAAUGUCUAUGUCUGUGUCUGUGUUACAAGGCUGAGCAGCCAUGUUCCUGGACCUUGAAGAGCACUCAGGCAUCAGCCUCUUCAAGUUGUUGCCUGGAGGGAUUAUGCCUUUGAAGAUAUGGCAUGAAGAGAUAGAAGCUUGAACUGAAAAACCAGAUCUGACUAGAAAAGUGAAGAUACUUCACAGUAUGCUUGAUGGAACCUCUCAGAAGCUCAGUGCUGACGAAACUUGUAUUUCAGUGAGAGGAUUAUGGCUUUCUCUACUUCCAUGCAGGCAUGUAGUUAGAUGCUGCACUGACCCUGCAGAGAAAUGGGAUGGAACCCACAACAGCCUGAGAGCUUCCAUGAAAUCCUUCAGUCAGUGGGAUCUUCUCUCCCAUGACACCCAUCAGUGUUACGUGUUGACAUGAAGGCAAACAGACACAUCUUCCUAACAUCUUUUUAUUGGCCUUUUCGGAGAAGACAUUGGACAGACAGAAAGGCUUUUCAUCCCAAUGUUGUUCAGUCUUGCACCCUUUCUGUCCAGCACACAGUGUGAAGGUUGGCUGGAGAAAAGGCUUUGGUUACAUCACUAGAUGGAGCUCACUAUAUAAGAAAUGCUUGAGCAGUAAAUGCAUUAUUGAAUAAGCCGUUUUAGAAGAUGGUGUGGGAGAGGUGGCAAAGUAAUAUGCGGGGGAAAGAUGUAAUGUGAAGAGAAUGGAGCAGAGCAUAUGUUAAAGAAAGGGGGAUGGUAACGAAUGGGACAGUACAAUCAUAGAAUCAUUAAGGUUGGAAAAGACCACUAAUAUCACAAAGUCCAACCCCAGCCUAUCUCCACCAUGCCCACUGACCAUGUCCCUUUGUGCCACAUCUCCACAGUUCUGGAACACCUCCAGGGACGGUGACCCCACCACCUCUCCGGCCAUGAAGCUCAAAGCUGUUUCUUUGGGCUGAAGAUUUUAGCUGUGAUUCAGUGAUGCACAUGUGAGGACCUGCCUUAUUCCAGAUUUGGGCACCUGUCCCGGGUGCACGUUGAGAAGGUGUGACUGAUAAAGACAAUUACUGCUGGACAGUGGCAUCUUAGCAAGCACAGUUAUUGCAGUUUAUUGCCAAAUCAUGACAGCCAGCCAUCAUCAGCCAUGACAUACUUCAGAGACAAUCCAAAUGCUCUCUCCAGAUAUCGUCAUGGAAGAAGCAGCAUUUUGUGGAAUCACAGCUUGUGCAUUUUUGUCCUUAUACAACUCUGUGAAAUGUGACAGUGCCAAGAAGUUGCAUCUGGUUUAUACCAAGGAAGCUAAAGAGGUGACUUGAUCACUGCCUUCAAGUACAAGCUUUGUCUGCAGGGGGGCUGUCUGUUUCUAAUACUUGGUGCUGCAGAUUGGCAGGUGAGGUGAUAUGGAAGGGAAUGCUCAGCAGCCCUACCCAGCCACAACUAGAGGAGUCAGAACUGAACAGCUCCAGAAGCCAACUGCUCUGUGGUCUUAUCCACUGAGAUGUGCCACGGUCAGCUUGUUCUCCCUCUGCCUCAGAUCUACUGCAAAUGGAACCAUUUGGAAUGCAGCCUAAAUCCCACUGGAGCAAUUGGGAUGCAGAUGGCAAGGAAAGCUGAAGGGCAUUUGGAUACAUGCUGUCCCAUGGAUGUCUAAAUGGGAGAGAAGGUCUUCUAGAAGCACAUGAAGGACCCUAGAGGAGACAAGUGUUGGGAAAAAAAACAUGUCAGAACAUCUGAAAUGCCUCCUUCAUUGUCCCAGCUUUGGGAGCACUUACUUAACCUAUAUCAGCAUGACUCAAAACAACAUCAAUGUUUGUCUCUGGAGUGAAAAGAAAUAAUGUGCUUUGUUCAGCUGCUUCCUAUUCAAAGAUGUCACCAUGAUGAAGCCCUUGAUAGAUUCCUGUGUGAGUCCCACAUGGUGGUGAUGGAUUGCUGUUCUGUGCUGCUGCACGCUCCAACUGUCUUCAUGGUUCAGUCUGCUGGAUUGACAGAGCCCAUAAAUCACUCUGGAAGGCAAAGUGCUCUGAGAGCUCUGUCCCCAUCUGUGAUGUGCUGAUGGGACACAGCCUUGCAAUACCACAUGCAUGUGGAUGGUGGCAGAAUCUCAUCAGUCCUGACAAAUCCCAGAAAGGAGGCUCUGGCAAGGUGGGAGUGAACCUAUUCUCCCACGUAACAGCAACAGGACAAAGAGGUGAUGGCCUCAAGUUGCAGCAUGGGAAGAUCAGAGAAAUCACACUGGGAAGCAGAAGUUGCUGUAAAGGGGAGAGGUUCUGCAACUGACUCACUGGAAAAGGGGGAGAACAGUGCACAAAAGAACCUGCGGAUAUCCUGGUGGAUUUCAGACGCUGGACAUGGACACAGAGGAUGACCCCUUGUUGCAAGACGCCUGGCUGGAUGAGGAGGACGAAGAGGUUGCCUUCAGCUCAAGGAAGAGGCGGGAGGGUGCUCUGUUGUGUGGCAAAAGCUCCUGCAGGGUCAGGCCUCUACGUGUCACGCUGCCAGUCAGUGGCUUCUGGAAUAUCGUAGGCUGGAUAUUUACUAACCCAUACUGCGCUGGCUUCAUCCUUUUCCUGGGCUGUGCCAUCCCUGCUGUGCUUGCUGUUGUCAUGUUCCUCCACUACCCAGCACUGGACAUUGAUAUUUCCUACAACGCCUUUGAGAUCCGUAACCAUGAGUCCUCGCAGCGCUUCGACGCGCUCGCCUUGGCCCUCAAGUCCCAGUUUGGGUCAUGGGGGAGGAACCGCCGUGACCUGGCUGACUUCACCUCCGAAACCCUGCAGAGGCUCAUCUUUGAGCAGCUCCAACAGCUGCACCUCAACGCUUCCCACCUGCAGGUCAGCACACGGGCCAAGCGCAGUGCCCCACAGGGCAGGACCAGCUCCCCUGAGCCCCGUGCCCACCCACACCCAGGAAACGAGACGUCCCGCGUCACGAGGGGAGCCCCGCGCUGGGACUACUCCAACACUUACAUCAGUGCCAACACGCAGACGCACGCACAUUGGCGCAUUGAGCUCAUCUUUCUGGCCCGGGGGGACUCUGAGAAUAACAUCUUCACCACGGAGCGCCUGGUUACCAUCCAUGAGGUUGAACGUAAGAUCAUGGAUCACCCUCGCUUCCGGGAGUUCUGCUGGAAGCCCCAUGAGGUCCUGAAGGACCUGCCCUUGGGCUCCUACUCCUACUGUUCCCCUCCCAGCUCCCUCAUGACCUACUUCUUCCCCACGGAGAGAGGAGGGAAGAUUUACUAUGAUGGCAUGGGACAAGACCUUGCUGAUAUCCAAGGGUCCUUGGAGCUGGCCAUGACCCACCCCGAGUUCUACUGGUAUGUAGAUGAGGGUUUGUCUGCUGAGAACAAGAAGAGCUCCCUGCUGCGGAGCGAGAUCCUCUUUGGGGCACCACUGCCCAACUACUACUCAGUGGAGGAUCGCUGGGAGGAGCAGCGCCACAAGUUCCAGAACUUUGUCGUCAGCUACGUGGCCAUGCUGGCCAAGCAGAGCACGAGCAAAGUCCAGGUGCUGUAUGGAGGGACGGAUUUGUUUGACUAUGAAGUGAGAAGGACUUUCAACAAUGACAUGUUGCUGGCCUUCAUCAGCAGUAGCUGCAUAGCUGUCCUGGUUUACAUCCUUACCUCCUGCUCAGUGUUCCUGUCAUUCUUUGGCAUCGCCAGUAUUGGGCUGAGCUGUCUGGUGGCUCUGUUCCUGUACCACGUUGUUUUUGGGAUCCAGUACUUGGGCAUACUCAAUGGUGUAGCUGCCUUUGUCAUUGUGGGGAUUGGGGUUGAUGAUGUCUUUGUGUUCAUCAACACCUACCGCCAAGCCACCCACCUCAAAGACCUGCGGCUGCGCAUGAUCCACACUAUCCAGACAGCAGGGAAGGCCACCUUCUUCACUUCCCUGACCACGGCCGCAGCUUAUGCUGCCAACAUCUUCUCUCAGAUCCCAGCUGUGCAUGACUUUGGACUCUUCAUGUCGCUGAUUGUGUCCUGCUGCUGGGUGGCUGUGCUCUUCACCAUGCCAGCUGCUCUCGGAAUAUGGACCCUUUAUGUGUCCCCACUAGAGAGCUCCUGCCAAAACAGCUGCAGUCAGAAGUGCACCAAGAAGAGCACUUUGCACCUGGCUGAAGAUCUCUUUGUUGCCUCAGAGGGCACCUCCAGAGCAGGCCGAGAGACGCUGCCUUACCUUGAUGAUGACAUCCCACUGCUCAGUGUGGAGGAGGAGCCUGUCUCUCUGGAAAUGGGGGAUGUUCCCUUGGUAUCUGUGAUGCCAGAAAAUCUGCAGCUGCCUGUGGAGAAGAGCAACCGAGGUCAUCUGAUAGCUCAUCUCCAGGAGCUUCUGGAGCACUGGGUGCUGUGGUCUGCAGUGAAGAGCAGAUGGGUGAUUGUGGGGCUCUUUCUUCUUGUUUUGCUCCUGUCCAUAUUCUUUGCCAGCCGCCUCCGCCCAGCUAGCCGUGCUCCAGUCCUGUUCCGGCCAGACACCAACAUCCAGGUGCUGCUAGAUCUGAAAUACAACCUGAGUGCUGAGGGCAUCUCCUGCAUUACCUGCUCAGGUUUGUUUCAGGAAAAGCCCCACAGUUUGCAGAACAAUUUCCGAACAUCCUUGGAAAAAAAGAAGAGAGGCUCUGCAUCACCCUGGGGAAGCAAAGGGAGCAUAAGUGAUACAGGGCAGCAAGAUCUGCAGGGUACUGUGUAUAUCUCCAAGUCCAGAAGCAAGGGGAGACCAGCCAUCUACAGAUUCUCUCUCAAUGCCAGUAUCCCUGCCCCCUGGCAGAUGGUGUCACCAGGAGAUGGAGAGGUGCCUUCAUUCCAGGUGUAUAGAGUGCCUUUCGGUAACUUCACCAGGAAGCUGACAGCUUGUGUGUCCACAGUAGGGCUGCUUAAGCAGACGAGCCCCAGGAAGUGGAUGAUGACUACCUUGUCCUGUGAUAGCAAGAGAGGCUGGAAGUUCGACUUCAGUUUCUACGUGGCCGCCAAGGAGCAGCAGCGAACACGGAAGCUGUAUUUUGCCCAAUCGCACAAGCCUCCUUACCAUGGCCGAGUGUGUGUGGCACCUCCUGGUUGUCUUCUCAGCUCCAGCCCAGAUGGACCCACCAAAGGCAUCCUUUAUGUUCCCAGUGAGAAAGCAGCACCCAAAGCAAGGCUCUCGGCGACUUCUGGGUUUAAUCCUUGCAUGAACAUGGGCUGCGGGAAGCCAGCAGUGAGACCGCUGGUAGACACAGGAGCCAUGGUGUUUGUCGUCUUUGGCAUCCGAGGGGUGAAUCGUACAAAGAACUCAGACAACCACGUCAUUGGAGACAUGGGCAGCGUUAUCUACGAUGACAGCUUCGACCUCUUCAAAGAGAUUGGCAACCUGUGCCGCCUCUGCAAAGCCAUCGCCAGCAACACCGAGCUGGUGAAGCCAGGAGGGGCUCAGUGCCUGCCCUCGGGUUAUAGCAUCUCCUCCUUUCUGCAGAUGUUGCACCCUGAGUGCAAGAACAUCCCUGAGCCGAACCUGCUGCCUGGACAGCUCUCUCACGGGGCAGUGGGAGUGAAGGAUGGGAAGGUGCAGUGGAUCUCCAUGGCAUUUGAAUCAACAACCUACAAAGGGAAAUCAUCCUUCCAGACGUAUGCUGAUUAUCUGAAAUGGGAGACAUUCCUGCAGCAGCAACUCCAGCUCUUCCCAGAGGGUUCUGCUCUCCGUCAUGGCUUCCAGACCUGUGAGCACUGGAAGCAGAUCUUCAUGGAGAUUAUAGGAGUGCAGAGUGCCCUGUAUGGUCUCAUCCUUUCGCUGGUUAUUUGUGUGGCUGCAGUGGCAGUGUUCACCACUCACAUCCUCCUGCUGCUGCCAGUGCUGCUCAGCAUUUUAGGGGUGGUCUGCCUCGUGGUGACCAUCAUGUACUGGUCUGGCUGGGAAAUGGGGGCUGUGGAAGCCAUUUCUCUGUCCAUCCUCGUUGGCUCUUCUGUCGAUUACUGCGUGCAUUUGGUGGAGGGCUAUCUGCUGGCAGGGGAAAACCUGCCGCUGCACCACGCAGAGGACCCCACAGCCUGUCGCCAGUGGAGGACGAUUGAAGCGAUCCGUCACGUGGGCGUAGCAAUUGUCUCGAGUGCUGUCACCACCGUGAUUGCCACCGUCCCACUCUUCUUCUGCAUCAUUGCCCCUUUUGCCAAGUUUGGGAAGAUUGUGGCCCUCAACACAGGAGUCUCCAUCCUCUACACGCUGACUGUGAGCACAGCCCUGCUGAGCAUCAUGGGGCCCGGCACCUUCACCAGGAGCAGGACUUCCUGCCUCAAGGCUGUGGCAGGAGUGCUUCUCGCCGGCCUGCUGGGUCUAUGCAUCUGCCUUGCCCUGCUGAAGGGUGGAUUUAAGAUCCCUCUCCCUAAUGGGACAGCCCUGUAGACCCUACACCAAGAGCCACACGAUCUGUCCUCUUGCUCUCUUUUCUUUUUUUCUUUCUUUUUUUUUUUAAAGGAUAUUUUUUGUAAGAAAAAAAAAGAGGAAAAAAAAUCCCGUUUUCUCCAGAAGUUUUUCAACUCCAGAUGCACUUUAUUUUCUAAUGGGUUUUGCUCUAAACUUGUAUUUAUUUCAGAAGUGAUGGAUGGAUGACGGACAGUGAGGGCUGCCCAGGGAAUUCCUCAGCCCAUGAGUAGGAGGGGAGAAGGUGCCCUUCUCUCAGUUUUCUUUCUGCUUUUCGUUUUUUAAAUGAACAGAGCUUUCUGGAACCACAGAGGUAAAGAAGUCAGGUAGACCAUCUGAUCCCUUUCAAACUGCUUCCUUUCUGUCCUUCCCGUGGCCAGGGUCAGCAUUGUGAUGAUGGCUCUUGAGGUGAUGUCCUGUCCCCAUAGCAGGGCUGUGCAUCAGCACCUGAGCCUUGCAAACAGCAGUGAGCUGGGCAGGUCUGGGGAAUGGCGCUGCUCUGCUAUGCCCUGUGCUCAGCAGCAAACUCAUUGCACAGGACACAUUUCCCAGCUAGCUCUUACUGGGGUGGUUGUGAGAUUAAAAUGAGAGAUUUUGGGGCAGCACCACCUGCUGGGACCCACUUUCUUUGUUAGCGGAGAAUGCCAGGACAUGUGGCUCUCCCUUUCUUUCAUAAAGGAUGCUGGACCUCUCACUGGGAUCUCUUGUGUCUGUGAACAGUCCUCAGAACACUACUGGUGCCUACAGGUCCCUGUCCUCCUCUCCUUCUUGCCAGGGUAGCAGUGGUGUCCAGUCCCAGCUCCUACUCUGUUUGUGACUUCACCGAUCUACCUCUGCUCUUCAUGGCAGAGAGAGAACUGAAGGCCUUCAGCUCUAUUUUUGCUCCAGGACCUGGCAUCCAGCUCUUAGCCUGAGGAUGAGCUAACUGCUGUGGCCAGGUAGAGCCCAUAGCUGGCAGCAUUCAUGGAUAAACAGUGGGGCAUUCUCUGUGGCAGCUCAGAGACCCUGCUGUGCAGACAUGAAGGCAGCAGAGCUUCAGCCUGAGGCUGCUGCCUGCUCAAAGCAGAUGGUUUAUAUUAAAGUAAAAUGAAAUUGCAAACUGGUGCCAUUAACAAGUACAUUUUAAGCAUCACUGAUUCCAUCAUAUUCUUAAAAUUGAAAUAACUAAGUGUGUGCAUUGAUAUGCAGCACAUCUGGUCCUUGGCAGAAGGGGAGGGGUCAGGCCCACUGGGAGAUGCAUUAAACAUUAUUUACAGGGAUGCCAACAGAAAGAGGUGGCCGGAAAGCAGCCCAACUCCUCAUUUGUUUGCAGAUACCAUGUCCCUGGUGGCUUUGCAUUCUCUGUCUGGAUUGACCCCCUUUUUAAAAUGGAAAUGCCAGGAAGCUGGUCCCUUGUGCCAGCCACGUUCUGGGGACUGUGCUGCUGAGACAGACCAGCAGCUGCUGCUGCUUGGCUCACUGUAUCCCUGGUUUCAUCCCUGCCAGUCUCUUACAUCUUCACAUCGUGCCAUUCCUGUGAAAUAGGAUCAAACAUUUGUUCCUAAAUCAGGUUCCCCAAGGCGUCAGCUGGAGAGAAGGGAUUGAGGACAGGGGUCUCCUUGGGCUUUGUUGAUGCCAGGAGAAAUCUAGGGCAGUCCUGCUGAAGAUCAUGAGGGGGGUGAAAGCAUGAGCAAACGGGACCUGGUUUCUUCUUUACCAUCCCAUGGCGCAGCCAAGUUACCUUUUUCUGCAAGACUAACUGUUCCUUGGCCCCUGUCUCUGCUCUGCCCAGCUCCUACAGGAUGAACCUUAAUGAAUAAAUGGUUUGGGGAAGGAUUUUUAACUAUCCUAAAUCCAUGAUUCUUUGAGAGCUGCUGUGCAAGGCUCAGCCGCAUCGAUCUGCAAGCCCUGCUCUCCCUGAUGCCUGUUCUCCAGAUUUAAUUACUAGUGGUGCCCUGAGCACUUGUAAGUGGCAGCAAGCACAGAGGGCAGCGUACUGAUGACAUACAGUGCUCUACAUGGGUGUUGUGGGGGCAGAGCGUGGGAGCCCUGGUGCUGCUGCCAAGGAUGAUCUGACUGGCGGUUUGACCCAUAUUCACCUACUGCUUCAACCUUUUUGGAGUGAUUAAAGCUGAUGGUUAUUUCCAGGUCAACAGACAAGAGAGGAAGGUGCUGAGUUAAGCCUUUCAGCGUGUCCCUCCUGUGAGCAUGGAGAAGCACUGAAAGAUCUUUAAGGCAAGGCAUAGAUCCGCUUUAAUCCUUCAAAACUUAAAGCACAUUCAUGCCCCAGGUAUCCCACAGUUUUACUCACUAUAAAGAGGCUAAUAUAAGCCCCUCACUUCCAGAGUGAUGCUGGGCACACCAUGCUGGGACCAGUCCCUCGGCCAUUCUCAGAAAGCAAAGAUUAGUUUCAAAGUAGUGGAAAACCUUUUGUGCCUCUGGGUUCUGAUUUAGCAGUGUCUGAUCUCAGACAAAAAUAACAGCAUUCUUAGCACCCAACAGGUUCUGUCCCAUUUUCUGGAGCAGGAAGGGGGAAGGACAAACUGCCAGUCUUUCUCAUCCUUCCUGGCUAGCCCAGGCACAGUCAGAGCAGUAGGGCAGGCUGGCACAAGCAGGAGCAUCACCUUGUCCUUGUUUGCCCCAGGUGGCUCUGUGAGCACGCUGGCAAAGCAGUGUCUGGAGUGAUUUAGGAAGGAAAAGACUGAAGUAAGUAUAGCAGAUGAUUUGCAAAGGCAUACUGAGGAGAUGGUGUCUCUCCAGCAGGAAGCUGAGGCAGAGUUAGGAUGAGGGACUUAUUCCAGGUUGUAGUAGAAGAGACAGGAGAUGAUCCCAGAUGAUGCCUUCCAGUACAAGGAACCACUGGACAUUGAUAAGCUGAGAAUCUGAUGGUCACAACACUUGGCUUUUAGAUCUAGAAUUACAGAAUAUCCUGCAGAGUGCUGCAGAGUGAGAGAGACACAGAAGCGGAGCCCAGCCGUCCCCAGCAUACUUGCAACACUGUCUCGGUGGAGACCGUAAAUCAGUGGCAGAUGCAUACAUCCAUCUCCCUGGCAUUAGAAAAUAUUCAUAAAAUUAUAGGGGUAAGAAAAUGGAUGGGUUUAUCUGAGCAAGCAUGAAGGUGGGGCUGACAGCCCUGCUGGGAAUCAGUGCUCUGAGGCAGAUGCUUGUAGCAAUAAAAAGCAAAGGCUCACCUGUCUGGCGCUGUUCCAGGAGCAGAUGCUUGCCCUAAAUUAAUUCCUCCCACAUCUCUACCCAUCUUCUUUCUCUGAUGACUCCUCUGUUGCCCAGAGCAUCUCUUGGGCUCUGUUGCCUUGCUGUGCAAGGUUCCACCUUCUCAGCGGUACCUGCUUUUGCCUAAGAUGCUCACAGAUGCUGAACUAAGGCAUGCUGGGGACUUUCUCAGAGAGAAUUUCUCAGGCAGGGGAAGCUAAGGUGCUAAAAUUCUUCAUAUAAAGCUGCCAGCUUCGAUGUUUUUAAAUAGUUGAACACAGCAGCCCAUUGUCAUGGAAAUAUUUCAUCCUGGCUUUACUUGGAAGAGAAUGCACUGUUUUUCCAUUUCAAAACAAUCUUAUUGCUGCAAUUAAAAAGAAACAUACACGGGUUCUCAGUUACAGCACACUGCAAUGAAAUAUUUGUUAGCUGCCCAAUGCUUUUUUUUUUUUUUUUUUUUUUCCUGGUAAGUUCUGUUUUGAAGGAUACCUUCUAAGAAGUUAAUGUUUCAGGAUGGAAACUGUAGUUUCCUAUAAAACAGAGCUGAUCCUCUCCUGACAAGAAGCCCUCAGCAGUCACAGGAGUGCAUUGCUCCCUGUUUGCCAAAGCAGAGAUACGUACAGAGCUGCUGCUCCUUGCCUUUAGAAUUGCUGCUGUGUGAGUUCAAGGUUCCCCACAGACACUGGUGAGAGUAGGACUCACAACAGCUUUGGAGCAAAGAGGAACAGAGCUGAUGUGCUUUGCAAAGAUCGGUGUCAGAAGAAGAAGUAGACCCAGGUUUCCUCACUCCAUUUCUUUGCUUUUGUUGUAGUGGCUCUUGAGGUGCUGGGUUCAUGCAGGGCCUGUACAGGCAAUGGGGACAUCAGGGUUGGCCACCAAUCUUGGCAAUUUCAAAGGCUGCAGAUACUGGAAAGGGAUCAGUGGCUGUGCUGGGCUGUGAUCUCUGUCGCAUGCAAAGCCAGCCUCGAAAUUAUCCCCAGGGUGAAGGAUGGCAUGCUUACAAAGCUGUUUGAGCACUGGUUUGGCAAUCUGGCUGCAGGGGUCUCCUGAGACCCGACUUUGUCUCCACUGGAACAAACUGGGAUGUUGCUUUAUGUCGCAGCACCUCAUUUUGGCUUGUGCUGCACUGAAUUUUCUUACCAGAGUGGCCUGCCCUCUUGGAAGAUUAUAAAAGGCCUGUGUAAACCCAAGAUACACAUAAAUGUGUCCACACUGUCCAGAAGGAAAACUGUGCUCAUUGAUUUGCAGCCAGGCAGGGCAAGUCUCUUAGUAAUUACUAAAAUCACUCCUCACACAGAUAGCAUGCAAGCCACAAUUCACAGGUUAUUCUGUUUCAAAGCCCUUUGCUAACUUCUCUUCCUCAGCUUCAUACCCAGGUCCUGGAGUUGGAAACUCUCACAGCACCCAUUCAUCAGAAUGGGGGUGUGGGAUGCAUCCUCUCCUCUGCUCCUCCUUGGGGCAGCAGGGGGGGUGAUAGGGGGACUGGAGGCAGAGCAGCAGGCGGGAAGGUUUGCAGGGAAGAGAGCGAAGAAGAUGGAUGCUGGGGGGAGAGGGGACACGAGCACCUCGAAGCGCUGCCGCUUUGCCACGUGCGUGCAGACCUUAGCAUCGGUUCUCAGAGUGAUGUAGCACAAUUCGCAAUGUAACGUACACGUGUUACUUUUGUAAGUCGUCUCCUACUCUCACUAUUUUCAAUGUUCCUUGAUUUUUGGAGACUGUUGUAAAUAAAAGAUUUUGACACUG